AUGGACAAGUUGUGGAGCUUCUCAUCAAGAAGCGGUGAUAUUGUUGACAUUGGGAGUCAACAAUGGGAAGAAGAAAAGGACAAUCUCCACAAGCAAUUAGAUGAUUUGAUCCCUCUCCCACAUGUUUUGGAAGAUGUAGAUUGUUUCCUCAACAACACAAAAACUACAAAUUCAAUUUCGAGGGAAGAAAUUCCCAAUUGCGUGGUUGUGUUGCAUAAAUCGUUAGAAUCUAUGAUGGAUAAAUACAAUAGAGGGCGUAGAGGUAGAAGAAGCAGGUUUGGGCAAGAUCUAAAUGACGACAAUUUAUUUCUAGAUGCAGUGGAUCGAAUCCUCAAGUUGUCUACCACCAUGAGUUUAAGUGGUUUCUUCUUAGAUAAAACAAGCUCUGUCCUAGAAAAAGUAAUGAUUAUUUUAGAGAAUGACCUUUGUGCUAUUCUACAUCACCCCAAAUCAAAAACUUUCAGACCAACGCCACCACCCGUGAAAUCUUCGUCCUUUGGUUCCCUUCAACUUCAAUUUGAUUUGCAAGACGAGAGGGAAUCUUUAAGGUCCAACAACCUAGUUGACGAGGAUGACAAAGAUGGAAACUUAUUGCCGACUUUCUCAACAGAAGAAAUUUUUGUCAUGAACAAAAUUGCCACCGUUAUGAUUAACGCCGGCUAUCAUACAGAGUGUUGCAUGACCAUUACUAAUUUUAGGCGAAAUGCUUUUAAAAAUGUAAUGCAAAAAUUAGGAUACACAUGUGUAAGGAUGGGGGAUGUUUAUAAAAUGCAAUGGGAAUCACUAGAAGGAGAAAUUUUGACAUGGAACAAAGCAUUUCGGCAUUGCACUACCGUCCUCUUCAACAUUGAACGAAAAUUAUACAAUUCAAUAUUCCCAAAUCAACCCUCUAUAUCUCAUGGCAUGUUUGGUGAUCUUGCACGAGCUGUCAUCAUCAAUUUUCUCAAUUUUGCUCAAGCAGUGGUUUUAACCAAGCCAUCAUCAGAGAAAUUGUUCAAAUUCCUAGAUAUGUAUGAGACCUUGAGGGAUGACGUGGAACCUGUCAUUACACUCAUUAAUGGUGAUGGUUUAGAGCAAUGUGCCAAGGAUUUGGCAUACGAGAUGACUAUGACAAAGCAUGGAAUAAUAAAGGCUGUCGUUUCGAUGUUUUAUGAUUUGGAAAACUCCAUCAAGGGUGAUAAUGAAAGGAUUCCCGUCCCAUAUGGAGCGGUUCAUCCAUUGACUCGUUAUGUCAUGAAUUAUCUUAAAUAUGCAUGUGAAUACAAAGUGACGUUGGAGCAAGUGUUUUACCAAUAUUGUUCAGAUGAUUAUCUUGCUACUAUAGGACACCAUUAUGUUGAUGAUAGUAAUAAUAAUAAGGGUACAUCCACAUCCACCGCAGAUAUUCAAAACGAAGAAAACAACGAUAAAACAAGGGAUCAAAAUUUAGAUGGAGAGCCUAACAAAUCACCUUUUGUAGUUCAAUUGAUGACAAUUAUGGACCUUUUAGAUGAAAAUACCGAAAGGAAGUCCAAGUUAUAUAGGGAUAUGGCUUUACGAUGUGUUUUUCUAAUGAACAAUGGGAGAUACAUAGUGCAAAAGAUUAAAGGGUGUGUUGAUCUUCAUGAGUCCAUGGGUGAUAACUGGUGUAGGAGGAGGCAAACAAGUUUGAAGUUCCACCAUAAGAGUUAUCAGAGAGAGACUUGGACUAAGGUGUUGCAGUGCCUUAACCCAGAUGGCCUUCAUCAACAAGGGAACAAGGUCUCUAAGCAGGUUUUGAGAGAGAGGUUUAAGUGUUUCAAUUCCAUGUUUGAAGAUAUCCACAAGACGCAAAGUAGUUGGAUGGUGAGCGAUGAACAACUUCAAUCAGAGUUAAGAGUUUCAAUAUCUGCCUUGGUCAUACCUGCGUAUCGCUCCUUUAUGGGAAGAUUUAAACAUCAUCUAGAAACAGGAAGACAUAUUGACAAGUACAUAAAGUAUCAUCCCGACGACAUUGAGACAUUGAUUGACGAUUUUUUUGUUGGAAAUGUUACGUCCAUGCCUCGAAGGAGGACAUGA